CGCCGUAUAACCCCAAAGAAGAAGAAACACUACCGUAAGCUAGCUUUACCGACGACUUGCUAACCGAUUUGUGAGACUUGACAAAACAUAACAGUACAAAGUAACCCUUAAGGAGAGGCACGGUUACCGCUGCCAGCGGGUCAUGCAGCUCUCUAAAAGGUAAUGAGCCGUAAAGCCUCAGGGUCUCGGCUCAGCGGCGCCCACAAACUGCAGCCACACUGGAAUGACUGGCAGCCCAGAGUUGACAGUGUGUCAUCCAGCCAGGACGGAGUGAAGACCAGUGGAUAUGAAGCUGGUCAAGGUGUCUGUGAUAAUACGUUUGGUUGGAAGUCGGUGGGGCAAGAGUUGAGGCCCAAUGACGUGACACCAGAUUUGACUCCUUUUCAGCAUGGAAACCGUGCUUUAGCUUCAAAGGACAUGAAGAAAUCGCAGGAUAGAGGGAUGGCUCACUCAGAGGAGUCUCGGCUGGCCAACCUCCUGCGCCGAGUCUCCAGGGAAGAUGAUCGCGACCGCAGGCUGGCCACCCUCAAACAGCUGAAGGAAUUCAUCAGUCACAGCGAAAGCAAAGUGACCCUGGUCAAACAGUUGGACACCAUCCUCAGCACCUUGAAUGACAUUUUGAAUGAAAGCAGCAAGCUGUUGUGGGAGUUGCGUCAGGACGCGGCUGCCUGCCUGGGUCUCCUCUGCACAGUGCUCAGCUACGAGGCGGAGCGCAUCUUCAAGUGGCUCUUUCUCAAGUUGACUUCAAGUAGUCGCGACGAGGUGAAGCUGUUGUACCUGGUCUCAGCGCAGCGAGCUCUGGAGGCUGCUGGAGAGAGGAAGGCCUUCUCUCACGUCAUGCAGCUGGUGAUGAGCAACCUGCAGUCCAUCCUGGAGAACGUGGACACACCAGAGCUGCUUUGUCAAAGUGUGAAGUGUAUUCUUCAGGUGGCUCGCUGCUACCCGCACGUCUUUAGCACCAACUUCAGGGACACAGUGGAUAUCUUGGUGGGCUGGCACAUCGACCACACACAGAAGCAGUCAGUCACUCAGCAAGUUUCCGGCUGGUUACAGAGUCUGGAACAGUUCUGGGUGGCAGACCUGACCUUCUCUACCACCCUGCUGGGACAGUUCUUGGAGGAUAUGGAGGCGUAUGCAGAGGAUUUGAACCACGUGAUGUCAGGCGAGGUGCUAGAUGAAGACAUCCCCCCUCCCUCAGUGUCACUGCCCAAGCUGGCAGCUUUGCUGAGGGUUUUCAGCACAGUGGUCCGCAGCAUCGGAGAGCGAUUCAACCCUUUCAGAGGACCACCCAUUACUGAGGUCUACGUCACUGAUGUUCUGAACCGGGUUCUGGCCUGUGUGACUACAGCAAAGCAGGUCCAGUUCUCUGAGGCAGUUCUCACAGCAGGGAAUGAGUGUGUGGGUGUGUUGCUGGCCAGUGUGGAGCCCUGUGGUCAGCUGAUGGAGGCUGUUCUCACCUAUGGCCUGGACCAGCUGGCCUGCUGCCAGGCCUGCGGCUCAGACUACAAUCUAGCAGUGCUCAGCCUCCUCACUCUGAUUGUGGACCAGAUCAACACAAAGCUACCUGCGUCCUUCGUUGAGAAAUUGUUGGCACCCGACUCCCAGCUGCUGAAGCUGCGUUUCCAUCGAGAGAAAGAGGUGACCUCAGCUGUCCAUGGUGUGUACCAGGCACUCCUAAGCCUGAAAAACAUUCCAACACUGGAGGCAGCUUAUAAAAUCGUUUUGGGUGAGAUGGAAUGUGCCCUGUCUAGCCUGACAGCAACCCUGGAGCCCAGUGGUAGGGCCACAGUGCUUGACGGCCCUUGCCCCAGCAUCCAGCACCCUGCUUUUGCCUCCCUCACCCUACCCCCGGAGAAGGCCCAGUUCACCCUCAUCUUUAACCUCAGCACCCUCACCACCAUCGGCAACACCAAGAACUCUCUCAUUGGGAUGUGGGCGUUGUCUCCUACGGUCUUUGCUCUGCUCAGUCACAAUCUGAUGCUGGUCCACUCUGAGUUAGCAGUCUACUACCCUGCCAUCCAGUACGCUGUACUCUUCACCCUGUACUCCCACUGCACAAGUUUAGCUAGUUUAGUUUUGUAUCGAUACACAAUGUGCAGGAAUGUGGACACCGCGACCAACACACAACAAAGCGUCUACUCACGUGAGGACCUCCUCCAGUAUCGGGACUUACGUGUUGCAUGUCCGAAGGAGAUCCCGGUGGAGUUAAGGAGACGAAGGCGAGGAACCAGAGCAGGCACGUUGGCAGAGAUCUGCACACUUGAUAUUGAACUGCUGGCCCUCGGGUUAAGGCCAUACUAUCUUCCCUGUGAGUUUUUGGCCACCAUUGUUGUCAUUGUUUACAUUCCUCCAUCGGCAGUAGCGGCGCACGCCUGUGACGUCAUCCACUCCACCGUUGCAGACCUGCAGACACGUGACAGCAGGAAGACAGUUCUGCUAAAGUCCAGCGAGUGCUCUCCUGAGGUGAUCAACUUUCUGGCCAACAAAGCGUGUCAGUGUUACCUGGCACUCUGUGAUUGGGCAUCUGUUAAAGAGUGGCAGGCCACCGUCCAUUCCCUCAAAAAGAACUCCACCAAUCCAGUCAGCAUCAACCUGAGGACUGACUUCAACUACAUCCAGGCCCUGAGCUGCUUUGAGGACGGAGAUCUGGCAGAGUGCAGGGCUCAGCUGGAGCUGCUGCCUGGAGAGGACUACAGCUCGCUCUCUAGCAGUAAGGAUAAGCUAGAUCUGAAGAGGCUCCUUCCCUCUAUGAGUCCAGAUCCAACUGAGCUGCAGAGAGCCAUCGAGGUGCAGCUCCUUCGGAGCGCUGUUUGCGCCAUGACGAAAUUCACUCAACAGCAAGAGCAGAGGAACACAGCCAAUCCAGAUACUUUAGUGCGCUGCCUGAAACAGACUGGACGGAUCUGCUUGGGUCCCCUUCGCCUGUCCACCCUCACUCUGUCUGACGCCCUGCCCACCCUGCCCACCCUGCAGCUCCAUUGCACUGCCACCCUGGAGAACACACUCACUGGACAAGAACUUGAGGAAGGUAAAAUAGGCCUGGCAGGACACCCGGUACAGGCCGAAGAUGCGGUCCACCACCCGUCUCCAAACUCGGAUCAGACCAUCUGUGACGGGCUGGCCCGCUUCUCCCAGCCAAGGGCACGAGGCGGUCAGCUGCCGCCAGAUCACUUCCACCAUGUCGUCCUCGUCUUCCUGCUUUCUCAGGACUUUGGCUUUUUCUAUCUGCAGCUCUGGUCCCCAUUUCUCGCCCAGAGUUCCCUCCAGGGGUGGUUUAAGAAGUCAGAGUCAGUGCCAGUGGGGGGUCGGGGCCUUGUUAAUGAGGCCCAGAUGCAGAUGGAAAGAAACUUUUUGUUGCGUGAGGUUUUGGUCCUCAUAGAACUACCUUUUGAUCUUGUGGAGGAGUUGUCAUCCUGGAACAUGGUGUAUGCUGAGGGCCUGAAGGAAAGGCUGGACAUCCUGCUGUUUACAAGAAGCUUAGAGCUCGCUGGACAGGGAAUCACAAAGUUCCUGCCAAAGAAUAGAAACAACAAGCUUGUUUUCUAUGGUGACACCGUACACAUCCAGACACGGCGCGGUUGGGAGCCUGCAAUUGUCAUCCGACAGCGAGAUGAACCACGCUCCUACACCGUGCAGACACCGGCAGGAAGGAUGCUCAGGAGGAACAGGCGACAUCUGAGGAAGAUACACCCGAGUCUCUUCAGAGACACUCACUUUGAUGAACACUUAGACUCAGAAGGACAAACUUCUCAGACACCAGAGACAGUUGACACACCACCACACGAUCCUCCCCCUUUCCUCCAACCAAGCCUUCCACUGGUGGGCGCGAUGGAGCAGCACGGUAGCCCGUGGGUACAACAGAGCCACUGUGGCAUAGCUGUGCAGCUGCUCCAGGCAGCCAUGAAGGGCCCCGCGGCGCUGCUGCAGCAAGGAGCUGACCUCUGCCUCCAGGCUCUCGCACUGGCUGAUCAGGUGGGCCUGGCCUGCAUUCUGCAGGAAGGCUGUAGCUGCAGGCUGGCCAGCUGGGUGGCCUCCAGGUUGGAAAAUGCUGCCUGGUACUGGGUGAUCCACUGGUCCAGCCACCCUGGAGGAGAAGAGAGAGCGUGUGAUGUCUCUCUCCAUCUCCCUCUUGCUCUGCUUGCUGUCGGCCUGUUGGCCUCCUCCUCCAUACACUGCACCAGCAAAGCCCACCUCCCCCCCAGCAGUCCAGUCCACCAGGGGAUCAUAGACAAAGGCCUCCAGCAGGGACAGCCUGAAGAUACCCUCCACGCCAGUGACUCCCAGAGCAGUCUCAAUGUUGAACACCACAGCUCCUUGGCCAGCAGGUUGGAAGGUGUGGCCUCCAUUAACUCUUUCAGCACCUCCUUCAUGACGCUCAGGGGCCAGUCUCGUCGUGUCACAUCUAGACUGAGCCCCACUGCCUUUAGAGCUGGACCAAUGCGGCUCUUUGUUUCCUUCUCCCUUUACAGAUAUGAGGUGCUGUUUGCUCCCCAGCCUCCUGCAGCCUCCUGCCAGUUUUUGUCCAGCGUGGAGCUGACUUUGCAGCACCAAGUGGCUGACACUAACGAGCGUGUGAUGCACCAAGCAGAGCGACUGAAGGCUGAGGGCACAACUGCAGCAGCCUGCGAGGAGCAGCUCCAGGAGAUUGAGCACUGCAUCACAGUCUACCUACGGGAGAAUGGCGAGUCGGGCUCCCUCAGCAUGGCUGGAAUCAUCACCUCUGCCCUCUGCACACUCUGCAGGCGGAACAUGGUGAUGGAGGGUGCAGCGGCCAGUGCUGGAGAGCAGCUGGUAGACCUGACAUCUCGGGAUGGGGCGUGGUUCCUGGAAGAGCUCAGCAGUAUGAUUGGAAAUGUCAGUGCCCUGGCAACACUGCUACAACGCUGCCCACUUCUGCCCCACGACCUGGAGCUGCCUGCACCCUCAGCUACCACACAAGCUGUGUACCUGGCCAACGCUGUGUAUACUUGCUUGCAGGAACUGAACACCAACUUCCGUCAGAUCAUCUUUCCAGAAGCUCUGCGCUGUAUGGUGAAAGGAGAGCCCACCCUUGAGUCAAUGUUGGCAGAGUUGGAGCAGCUGGUGGAGCAGAGCUCAGACGGCCUCGGCCUGCAGGGUUUGGCCGACAGUCUGCAGGCCACCACAGGCCUGGACCACGACGGGCACAACCACUGCCUGCACAUCACCAGGAUGCUGCGCGCUCAGUACUCUGAGCUGAUCCAGCCUCGCAGCAUGGAUGGACCAGGCCAGGACACACCAAAGAUGUCUGCGGGUCAGAUGUUGUUGGUGGCCUUUGAUGGCAUGUUUACCCAGCUAGAGACUGCCUUUGGGCAGCUCACAGAGAAGCUGAGUUCUCUGGAGGUGCCAUCAGCUUGGAGGAAGGUAGAUGUUCUCAGGGAGGCACGGGCCACACAGCUCCACUUCUUUGACAGCCUUAAUCAGCGGCAGCUGAUGGAGGAGGUGUUCUUCCUCAAGAGACUGCAAACCAUCAGGGAUUUCUUCAGGCUGUGUGCCUCCUUCGCUCAGACUCUGUCUGGUAACUGCCCCCCAGCUGAGGACCUGUUACCUACAAAUGGACCAGUUGGUUUGGGGAAGCCUCUGUACCGGCGGCCCAGUGCAGCAGGCUCAGGUGUGACGGUGGUCAGUGAGGAGCAGAUGACCCGCCCCAUCCAAGCCUUCACAGCGGAGUUUGUUCGGCAGAUGCUCAUGGGUCUGCCCAGCCAAGCCCUCGGCCUGGGCCUCUGCAGCACCCUGUCUGCCCUCGGCCUGGACGUUGUUGCCCAGGUGGAGGCAAAAGACUUUGGUGCAGAGAGCAAGGUGUCUCUGGAUGAGCUUUGUAAGAAGGCAGUGGAGCAGAGCCUGGCAUCAGGCCGGGUCUCCCAGCUGCUGCUGAACAGAGCCACAGUGCUGGCCUCCUCCUACGACACAGCCUGGAAGAAAGUAGAUCUGCUGAGGAGGUUAGACGCCAACCUGGAAGCCACCAAGGCCAGCCUGCAGAGGAGCCAGCUGCACAUUGCCAUGUUUCAGUGGCAGCAUGAGGAUGUUCUGGGCCCCAGUAACCAACCUCUGAGUGUCAGCAUUCCUCCUCGCUCCAUCAUCCUCAGCAACAUGAAGAAGAAGCUGUACAAGCUGAGUCAGGACGAGGGAGCCAUAGUGGCUAUUCAGGUCAGUGUCCUGCCCCAGACACCAUGUUUAAUCCAUCAGUCAAAUGUACGGGUUACACUACUUAAUAAAGUUUAUGUACUAUUUAUGUUUCAUGUGUCUAAUACUGAUCAUAAGUACAUGUGUUUGACUUCAGCUGUUAGAUGCAGUGGGGUGAAGACCCAGCCAGACUCAAUGUCCCAGAAUGCACGCAAGGCUCUGCCGCGUAACCUGGGAACUCCCACUGACACCCCACCCAGCACUCUGCUAAUGAACAGCAAAGGCCUCAACCCCAGCCCCAAGAGGGCUGUACGGGACCCUAAAACUGGACGAGCCGUCCAGGAGAGGAACUCGUACGCGGUCAGUGUGUGGAAGAGAGUUAAAGCCAAGCUGGAGGGCAGAGACAUCGAUCCCAACAGGAGGAUGAGUGUCACUGAGCAGGUGGACUAUGUCAUCAAGGAGGCCACCAACAUGGACAACCUGGCCCAGCUGUAUGAGGGCUGGACGGCCUGGGUGUGAACGCUACACUGCUUCACGUCUUUGGUCCAGCGAAGGCUUGGAGAUCCACCAGAGUCCAGCGGGUCUGGGGUGUCGGAAACAGCAGUACCAGACCACACUGGGGGGAGGAAAUGGGAAGCGGAUGCUUAGUCCGCCCUCCCAAACUCCUGGGCACCCAAACUGGGGCAGCGACCUCGUAGCACCGCUGCAACCACACUCCCCCAACCAUCGGCGAUCGGGCUAACACAACGCUUAGUGGGCCUGCAGCCCCGCCUUCCUUUCUGGGGUUUGACUAGGCAAAGCAGCGCCGAAUGGGGGAGGGGGGAAGGAGGGCAAAGGCCUCCUCACCCUCCACUUGGAAAUACCUUCCCCCCUCACCUGCAUAGCUCACUAUCAAGUUGUACCCAUAAACAUCACUUCAUCCUGUUGAGCCAAUCAAACUCCAGCUGAGGACAGGAUGAAGCAGGAAGUGAGCCGUUUCCCUCUGAAGCACACAGCUGAUAGGCUGUGGGUGGGACUUCACCAGAGCUGCGGCUCAGAUGUAUGGGGCAUGUACUUGGCCACCCUUGUUUUUCCUAAUCUUUUCCUCAACGGGUGUUUUGAUUCUGAUUGGCCAGUGGGUUACACGGUUGGGCGGGAAUGAUGAGAAUGAAAAGUUCAGCAGGAUUCUCAAGGCUACUCGGACACCCACCUGAAACCUUAAAUGAAAAGAAAUUGGAGUGGAAAACAAUAAUCCAACUGUACUUUGAUUGGUGAACAGUAAAGACUUUGACACGUCUCUGAAGUGUUUCCCACAAUAAAACUGGAGUUGUUUUCUCAGGAAGGUUCUUUGUGCUUUUGUGGAUAAAAUGAAAACGUCCUGUCAUGUGAAAUAGUUUUGGAGGGCUCAUUUGUGAGCUUGGAUAAGACACGUACAAGGUGACGUCACUUAGACGAGGGAGAGCCUCCGUCUGAUUGUUUUUCUUCGGUCUUCAGUCUGUGUUGUGCUUUGUAACUAUCUUCAGUCCUUCUUUAGAUAGAACUGUAGGAGUAGAUUUCUGCCUUUUUUGACUUGCCUGUCAGAAGCUGUUGCUUGCCUCAUAUGUAUUCACUCCCCAACCCUAAUGCUUGCAUUUUAUGAAUCUUGACCUAGUUUUACAUUUUUAGUGGGAGAAAUUAUGUUUUUGGUGAUGGUGCAAAAUGUUAAUUCUUAAAGCUUUUAAUGGAUUUUGUUGGAUGCCAAAUAAAAAUGGAAGAAAUGGUGA